AUGGAUUUCGAUGGGUGGGCCGCAAUGACGGUGCUCACCGAAUUUCUACAAAUAGACAAAGUACGCGGCGGUGUGUUUCUAUCCCAUCUCAACGUUCUCCUUCAUUGUUGCCAAGUUCAGCUCAGUGCUUCUUCCCCACAAAACAGAGGACUGUUCAAUGUCCUAUAUACACAGCACCCUGGUUCAUUGUCCGGUUUACAAGCUCUUUCUAAGAUGCCUCCCAAAUUGGUUGCAGAGGGCAUGAUCCAGAUAUUAGGUCAGACCGCCAAUAGCGUUGUGUAUGCCGUAGCGGACGACAGCGAUACGGGCCGCGCAAGAGACAGCGUUUCAGUCCUCAAGGGUGGAACAGUUUGGUACAGGGGUCGGGAGGCGCUUGGUCCGGGCCAAAGCGCUGAAGAAUCCGACGAGAGAGCACGCAAGGAGGCCGAAAUCUACGAAGCUCUUGGAAAGCACGACCGCAUCCUCAACUUUAUUGCUCUUGAGGUAGCCGACGUAGAUGAGGGCAUGGAACCAAAAGCAUGGGCACUGCGCUUGGAGCGGGCUCCGCAUGGUCCCUUGCGAGAUUGCAUCGUGAGCAGCCAAGCGAACCCGCCUAAUGUGCAGACCCGACUGGAGAUGGCGAUUCAAUUCGCGGAGGGUGUUGCACACAUGCACCGGCAUCGCGUUAUUUGGGGUGACCUUUCAACCCGCAAUGCGCUUUUGUUUGACAAUUGCUACGUCAAGUUGGGUGACUUUGCCGACUCGGAUGUGGUGGACAAGUAUCCUAAUGACUGGUACGGUUGCGAAGUCCGCUACUGUCCACCUGGAUCAGCUAGGCCCAAUAAUCACAUUGUCGGUACUGUGAAUCGCGAAAUAUUUGCUCUUGGGACUGCUAUUUAUGAGAUCACUGAAUGGAAAGUGCCGUACGGUCCCCCGGUUGAGGUGUUGGAGGAUGAAGUUAUUGCAGCUCUUGUUGACGGAAAAUUGCCAGAGUUUAAUGGUGACAACGCUGCUGAGGCUGUUAUUCGUGGGUGCUGGGAGUACAAGUAUAAAUCAUCUCAACAGGCCUUGGAGGAUUUGCAACGGCUUAAGGGAAAUUCAAUACGGCACAACGUUGGCGGGGUGGAAAGUUUGAAACUACUGGUAUUAAAUGGUUUGGAGUAUAUGAAGAGACUCUUUUUAUGGAGCAAAACCUGA